CUUAUAUACACUUGGAGCUUGAGAAUCUCUCUCUAAAACUUUUGAUCUCCCUAGGGCUCGGCCGCUAGGGGUCUUUUUCCGAUUUCGUUCUUCAACGAAGGUCGGUAGUUUCUACGCUGAGAAGAAGGUGCAGGCAGAGCGAGUUUAGGGCGCCAGGUCAGAGCAGAGGGAUCGAUCGGAAAUCUGGCUACAUGGCUGAUAUAGUCAACUCGUACAAGAAGAUGUCAAUGGAGGAACAGGAGAACGAGCUUAAUUUCAAUGAGGAAGUGGAGGAGUGCGGCGAAGAGGAGUUGGAACCAAAGAGCUUUCCGGUGGUUGGGGUAGUUGUCACCGACCGCAAGGUCAAAUUACCGGUGUUCCAAGAGCUGAUGUCUUCAAUCUGGAGACCAGGGAGAGGUAUGUCUAUCAAAGAGAUCGGCGAACGAAGGUGGUUAUUUCUCAGUCUCGGCCACGGGCGGAUGGUUACAUGUGGUUCUUUUCUACUUUUGUACCCUUGCUGAAUGCUAUAUCUAUGAAUUAAGCCCUCUUCGAGCAAAAAAAUAAUAAUAUUAACUUAGACAUAUUAACUCAUGUUUAAUUUUUAUAUUUAAAUUACUAUAAGACUAUAAUACAAUAGUACAUAACUAUUAGCCAUAUUUUAAUUAAAAUCCGCCACCAAAAUUUUACUAAUUUUUUAAU